AUGGCGCUUUCCGCAAGAACCACGUUACGGAAUGUUGAUGUUUGGAAAAGCCAACUGCUUCAAUUACUUUGGCGUAUAAACGUACCCUUUUCUACUAAAUCUAAUUUCACAAAACCAAAGCGGAAGAGAAAAUUUAUAGAUUCUCUGCGUGUGUAUGUGAGAGGGGGAGCCGGAGGUCAGGGUCUACCCAGGUAUGGUGGAAUUGGCGGCGACGGGGGGAGUGUGUCGGUGAUAGCCAGGAAGGACAUCACUCUUAUUGACGUAGCCAAGCGCAAUGAGAAGAAAAGAUACAUCGCUGGCACAGGAGCAAACAGCAGAAAAUUUUGCCUGCUUGGAGAACAAGGAAAGAAUCUUGAGAUUCCAGUUCCUGUUGGGGUGGUUGUUAAAUCUGACAACAAUGAAAUUCUAGCUGAUCUGGAUGAACCCAAUCAGAAGGCUGUGAUUGCACAUGGAGGCAAGGGAGGCCACCCUGGAAACAACUUCUUAGGUUUAAAGGGAGAGAUUCGUAAUGUAAUGUUGGAUCUCAAGCUGAUUGCAGACAUUGGACUUGUUGGAUUUCCAAACGCUGGUAAAUCCACUUUUCUGGGAUCGGUAUCAAGAGCAAAGCCAAAAAUAGCUGACUAUCCAUUUACAACCAUUCAACCACAGAUAGGUGUUAUGGAAUACCCGGAUUUCAGAAGGAUCUCUGUUGCCGAUUUGCCUGGCCUGAUUGAAGGGGCACAUGUUAACUGUGGAAUGGGGCACCAAUUCCUCAAACAUGUGGAGAGAACCAAACUGUUGCUGUUUGUAGUGGACAUCAAUGGCUUCAAGCUUGGGAUUAACUAUACACACAGAACAGCCUUCGAGACCAUCUUGCUGCUCAACCAAGAACUUGAACUCUAUAGAGAAGAUCUCUUAAGUAAACCGGCCAUUUUAGCCUUGAACAAAUGUGAUGUUGAGGGAAGCGAAGAAAAACUGGAGGAAGUAGUCCGAUUGAUUAACAAUUUACCAGAAAGUCUUGAAACAGUUGAUGCAGACCUCCGACCAUCAAAACUUGUGCAGUUUGAUGGGACUUUCGUGAUGUCGGCAAAGUAUGGAACGUCGGUGGAUGGUCUCAAAGUGAGGAUGAGAGAACUUCUCGAUAUUUAUGCCGAUAUGAAUGACACAAAAGACAGAUCUGAAAAGAGCAUCGUGCAUUCAGAGCACAAGCUGGAAAUUCCAGGACAUUUACAGGAGCAAGCCAAAACAAGACUGGUUUAGCAGUUACAAAUAUCCUAAAUAUGACAGCAAGCCAAAACAAGACUGGUUUAGCAGUUAUAAAUAUCUUGAAUAUGACAGCAAGCCAAAACAAGACUUGUUUAGCAGUUACAAAUAUCCUGAAUAUGACAGCAAGCCAAAACAAGACUUGUUUAGCAGUUACAAAUAUCCUAAAUAGGACAGCAAGCCAAAACAAGACUGGUUUAGCAGUUAUAAAUAUCUUGAAUAUGACAGCAAGCCAAAACAAGACUUGUUUAGCAGUUACAAAUAUCCUGAAUAUGACAGCAAGCCAAAACAAGACUUGUUUAGCAGUUACAAAUAUCCUGAAUAUGACAGCAAGCCAAAACAAGACUUGUUUAGCAGUUACAAAUAUCCUGAAUAUGACAGCAAGCCAAAAUAUGACUCGUUUAGCAGUUACAACAAUCAUGAAAUGGGAACAUUUUGUUCAGUAUUGCGUUGCAAUUUGCUACAAAAGUUAUAGAGCUCGUUAAACAAUUUUAUACUAUGAAACAAUAGCUGCUAAUAAAUUUUCAAUUAACUAGAAAUAUCACUAAUCAAGAUUUUGACAACAAAACGUUCCCUGCUGAAUAUGACAGCAUCUUAAUCAAUGAUGACUUGUUUCACUGGAGCAGUUAAUCGGAUUGUUCUAUGGUUUUGACCCAUACAGCUGCUCUGGUGGGAAAAAAGGAGGACUGAAACUAGGGUCCCAUUAAACACUGGAAAAAAUAUAGCCAUUUCCUUGGCUGUUGAAGUAUUUGGAUCAGUUCAGUGGAAUGGUGGAUUAUAAUUUAAGUGAGAGACCAAUGAUUUGUGAUAUUUUAAAAACACAGAACGUUAAGAUUCCUGUGGUGUGAUAUUAUACUGGUAUUCACAUUAGGUUAACUAUAAAAGUUAAUGAUUUUGAAAUAUGUCAUCUAGCAAUAAAAACACAAAGCAAAA